CGGUACUGUCCCUCCCUAUGUGAGGAAAAUGACAGCACAGGGAUCACACAUUGAAAUAUCCUUGGUUGUUGCACAUUAGACAAGCAGUACUUGGAAAUAUCUGAUUUGGAUUUAAAUGCAUGUUUGUCUGCGUUAAUCUAAUGGUAUUGCAAGUGUUAUACAAUGAGUUUGCGAGACUCUCCGGACCAGAAUAAAUUGUGGCAUAUCGGUCCAUGUAUUAUAACUGCGCUAAUACUCAUAAAGUCAACGGUUUGCACGCCGGUGUCAACGGACGGGCGAGUCGAGACCGCUGAGGCUGAGGGCUUCCUGGAGAAAUAUGGCUACCUGCACCAGGACAAUCACAUACACAAUCCUGCAGAGGUCAAAACAGCAGUCCGGGAGUUUCAGUGGCUGUCCCACCUGCCCGUCACAGGACAGCUGGAUGGUGCCACCCUGAAGCAGAUGGGCACACCGCGGUGUGGGGUAAAGGAUGAGGGCAGCCAUCAGGUCUGGGCCCAGAGAGUCUAUGCAGUCUUCACAGGCAAGAUGGCGUCCAAUGGGUCACAAAACCGCGGGAAACGCUAUGCUCAACCAGGUGAGAAAUGGUACAAGCGUCACCUGACCUACAGGAUAGUGAACUGGCCUCGUCACCUUGCGCCAGGCCCCGUGCGGCUUGCGGUGCGUGCCGCCUUUCAGCUGUGGAGCAACGUGUCAGGCCUGGCCUUCCAGGAGGUCCCAGAGGGCCCUACGGACAUCCGCCUGGCCUUCUACGAGGGCGAGCACAAUGACGGGGCCAGCAACGCCUUUGAUGGCCCAGGGGGAGCUCUAGCACAUGCCUUCUUCCCUUGCCGGGGGGAGGCCCACUUCGACAUUGCAGAGAGGUGGACGCUGUACGGGCACAAGGGACACAACCUGUUCAUGGUGACAGCCCACGAGAUAGGCCACACACUGGGGCUGGAGCACUCACCGGUGCGCCACUCCCUCAUGUCCCCCUACUACAGGAAGCUAGGCCGCGCCCUGGUCCUCAGCUGGGAUGACAUCGCUGCAGUGCAGCAGCUCUAUGGAAAGCCUCUGGGGGGUCAGCCUAUUAGGUUAACAGGCCAGGCAUUCAGCUCAGCCCUGCAGGAGUGGGAGCUGGCUGAGGAGCCCGAGGGACAUCCUGAAAUUACCCAGCCCCUCUACUGCCAGGGGGUCUUUGAUGCCAUCACUAUGGAUCAGAACCACACAGUGCUGGUGUUCCGGGGCAGUGUGUACUGGACGGUGUCGGCUCAGGGGAACGUGAGCGCACCUCUCCCUCUCCAGCAGCGCUGGCCCCACCUCCCACUGGCCAUCGAGGCCGCGGCCUUCUCCCCACUGGACAGCAAGUGGUACUUCUUCAAAGGUAAGCGUAUAUGGCGUUACUCGGGUAGUGCCCUGGACCAUGGCUUCCCCAGGAGGAGCAGCCAGGCCGGCCUCCCCUGCCACCUAGACUGUGCCUUCUACUACGCCCCCCUGGGACACAUGGUCCUCUUUAAGGGCUCCCGCUACUCCGUGCUCAACCUGCACACGCUGAGGUCCGAGCCCUACUACCCGCGCCGGCUGGCCGACUGGACCGGGGUGCCCCAGGGAACCAACGGUGCGCUGACCCGUCCCGACGGGCGCCUCUAUCUCUUUAGGGAGCAGCAGUACUGGAGGUUUGACCCAGUGAAGGUGCGCAUGACCAGAGAAGGCCAGUGGGCUCAGGACCUGGAAUGGAUAGGCUGCAGGAGCAGGACUCACCAGGGCAAUGAUAUCCUGUGACAAACAGGGGGAGCUACAGCUCUCAUAUCAAAGUUGAUAUGAGGCCAAAAGCCUGAAACGUUAGCCUGGGUACAAGUCUGUUUCUGAUAAUAAUCCAGUCCUUAUACUCUGUAUCAUAUGCCAAACAGUUUAGCAUGACAAGGAGUGGAAACAGACUGGUACCCAAACUACCAAAACAUAUAAAAAAGGCCAUUAUGUCUGUGCAAUCUAAAUAUGGAAGACUUGGUUGGAGCCAGCCGGGGUCGUUGGCCUGAAACUCUGUCAUCAGUGCCAUCGAACUGGACUUUUUGGUAAGAUUCAUGACACAAUAAAAUUGACAUUAGUAAUGAACAUUGUUGAGCAUAUUAAACCUGGGCCGGGCCAGGCACGCUGUAGAGCACUGCUGACCAUUCACCUUUUAAAGGCAAUGUUCCCGACAUUCGUGAAGAUCGCAUUCACAGUAAACGCUGCAGAAAUCAUCUCAUUAGGAAAUUACCUUUAAAGUCAAGCACUCUACAACGUGCCUCGGAUUGAAUCUCAGCCCUGGUGACAAAUACAGUGCAUUCGGAGAGUAUUCAGAAAACCUUUUAUUUUUUUCUACAUUUUGUUACGUUACAGCCUUAUUUUAAAAUUGAUUCAAAAUGGGUUUUUUCCACCCUGAUCAAUCUAAAAACAAAACCCCAUAAUGACAAAGCAAAAACAGGUUUUUAGAAAAUUCAGCAAAUGUAUUAAAAACAAAAAAACAGAACAUUUACAUAAGUAUUCAGACCCUUUACUCAGUACUUUGUUGAAGCACAUUUGGCAGUGAUUACAG